AUGUUUGCCUUGAAUGGUGCUGAAGCUACUCAAUCCGAAGACUCAAUCCAGGAUGUCUUCUCUAAUGAUAUGUCUAGCUUACCACUUACAAGAGAAGUAGAGUUUUCCAUAAGUGGGGGUAUAGCAGUAGAUCCAUCUAAAGUUGAGGCGGUGCUUAAGUGGGAGGCACCCAAGUCAGUUAGUGAGGUUAGGAGCUUCCUUGGAUUGGCUGGGUACUAUAGAAGAUUCAUAGAGGGAUUUUCUAAGCUAGCAUUACCCUUGACAAAUUUAACUAGGAAGGGAGUUGUGUUUGUGUGGGAUAGUAAAUGUGAGAAUAGUUUCCAAGCCCUUAAGGAGAAGUUGACUAGUGCACCUGUUUUAGUGUUGCCUAACCUUAGUAAGACUUUUGUGGUUUAUUGUGACACAUCUAAGAUGGGUUUGGGUGGAGUGUUAAUGUAA